AAAACAAAAAACAAUUCGUAAAUGAGAAUCUAGUACACCCACAUGAACUUUUCAUUAUCUGCCUUAAGGAAAACAAAAUCUCUCAUAAAUAUACUUGUACUUUGAAUUCGUUUGUUCUCCCAAAUUGACCAUGGCUGAUGACGAUGAUAAACCCAAGAAGCAUACCCUGGACACGCUAUUUAUAGUGUACUGCAACUACAAGGUUAUUCCAACGGAGCUGGAGAACGAGGAGUUUGAUUGCAUUCUCCUCUCGCAAAUCGAUGCCUGGCUGGAGCAGGCCAAGCUAAUGCCUAACCCCAUAACACGAACCCAAACUGGUCUCAUCUACAUGCGCUACAAGAAGUGGCGCUUGGAAUACGAGGACUUUCUUGAGCUGCUCACGCACUUGGCGACCGAUAACAGUCUGGUCUUUGACGAAUUUAAGCAGAUCCUAAUCGACGCUGGUCCACCGAGCGGUGCCACCGAUAUCGUCAUGGUCAAGUAGUUGUACUCGCAAAUCUGCAGUUUAUUUUAUAUAAAAAAAACAUCAGCAUACAACAAUAUCAUUUACAGACAAUAACAAUUCGAUUAUAAACAAUAUUUUUGGGAAUUAUAUUCGUUAGUUUGUUUGCAAGUUACGCAAAGAGCAUAGACAGCCUCUUUCCAAAUUACGAGUAGUUUAGAAAUAUUACACAUAGAAACAAAAGUAUAUAUAUAAAUUUUUUUAAUAGUUUUUUUGACAUAUUUAAAUGUUUUUAAAUUUUAAAUUUCGAUACUGGGGAGGGGGUUAGCUUACUCUCUUAAAGAUUACAUUGAUUCGAUGAGUGAUUCAGUUGCUUCGCUCCAUUCCUAACUGCCAGUAACAGUUCCAGCAGUAACAAAAAGGUAGCUCUGUUCGUUUCAGUUUAUCACCUGAACAAAUACAGCGGCUGUCGGUGCAGAGAUUACGAUGAUAUUCAAAAAAUAUAUGCAUAUGGAUUCUACAUAUAUGUACAGUAUAUAUAUAUGCAGUAAAAAUUGACUUAAUUUUAGUUUAUAUGUGAUGACUGUACGAGUAUCUCGUAGCAUAUGUAAUGGUUUAGUAAUGCACAUUUCAGUUUCAGUUUGUACUGGCUAAUUUCCGGCUCUUAAUGAGGUGCAUGAAAUGCUUAGAAGAACUUUUGAUUUUUGCUCUCUUAGUCAUCCCUCCAGCAGCGGCCAUAAAAAUGCUCUAUAAAGCAUCUAGUAUAUAUAGCUUUUAGUAUAUGAACGACUGACUGUCUGUGGCGUAUACAAAGCACCAUUUGGGUUUUUGUGGCGUUUAUCGUGUAUCGCCACCUCGAGCUGUGUUCCAAGGUCACUUCAAUUACCGCACAUUAUUUCCGGUUUUGGUCGUUUGAUAAGAUUCAUUUGUUAGCAUAGCGGAUGACUGUAUCUCAAUCUGCAGGCUGUACAAGUAGCGCGUCAUGGUUCUGUAUGUUCUCCAGAUCAUGUGUAGAAUGUGGAUUAAGUAAAUGUGGCACUUAGGAUUAGAUUAGUAUCAAUUGAAAGCGAUUGUAAAUUGCAACGAUUGUGGCCCUGCCUGCCACCUUCCGUCUAUGAGUAUAUGGUGCGCUCCAGCCAAUCGUCCAGGUUGAAGAAGGCCGUAUCCGAGUUGUCUGUGUCCCGUUCGCGGAACAUCUCGAUGAAGGUCCUCACUUUGAUGGCACACAUCAGGAAGUCAUCGAACGGUAUCUGUCCCUCGCGGCUGCCGUAUCGAUGCGCCAAGGCAUUGAGUAGCCGAUUAUUCAGAUGAUAGCCAGCCGAAUUGAGAGCUCCGCGCAAAUGGAAGCCAUCGAUGCUGCCAGUGCGCCGGGUGUCGUACAGCUUGAAGACGGCCCGCCACUUGGCAAUGUCCGUCAGCAGAGCCUCGAACUCAUCGAAGCCCAGGCGGCCAGAGCGAUCCUUGUCCAGCAUGGCCACCAUUGAACGCACGGCAUCCUUGGAGAAGCCAUCGGUGCCCACCAUAACGUCGCGCAUCGAGUGGUCCAGAAUGCGCUUCAGCUCCUGCCAGUCCACCUCCUCGUCGCUGCCGGCCACGCUGUCGAAGAGGCGUCGCAGGGCGAUGCGCUGUGGAUCAUCCUCUUCCUUGGGCGUGGGCGGCGGCAAGGCGGGAGCAAUGCGAUCGUCAGUCUCUCCAAAGCCAACCUCAUCGUCGUUCUCCUCCAUGUUGUUCAAUGUCUCCGAGAAGACGCGAAUGAUAAACUCUCCCUCCUCGUUGGGGUCAAAGGUCGAGGGCACGAUCAGAUAGUGUCCAGGCGGCAGCUUAAAGCGGGCGCACACCUCUCGCGUGUUGAUGAAAUGCGGCGAACGGGCCACCGAGGCGCGAUACUUGAAGAAGUUGAGGCCCUGCGGCUUCACCUGUAGGUCGCGGUCCGUGAGAUGGUAGAUGGCAAAGCCAAUAGUGAGGCAGUCGAUGCCCACGUUGCGCUUGCUGCGACGAUUCUUCUGCAUUAGGGCCACAAUGACGGUGCACUUGCCGUCGUCAUCCUCGUCGUCGGGAUCCUCCAGCGAAAUGACGUACUGCGGAUUGUGCCAGAAGGUCUCCAAGAAGUUACGGCAUCCACCCGCUGUCACUCCCGAGGUCCAUUCGCCCUCGAACAUCGACAUCUCCCACUUGCGGCGCGAGCUGUUCUGCUGAUCCUCCGUCAGUGAGUCCGGGUUCAAGUUGCAGAUCUCCACGCGAUCAAAGUGAUUCAGGAAGUCCUGGAAGGACAUCCAGAACUCACCGUCGCGAUCGAAGUUCAGGCCAAUCUCCUCCUUUGCAUGCUCGGGAAUGAAACGCCACUCGGCAGAACUGUCACUCCACGGGCCGCUCCACUCAGCGUCGUUGCCCCAGGGAUUCCUCAUGCGGAUCAUUGGCAUCUUGCCCUGGCGAUUCGGCGUCGAUAUAUCCAUGAGGCACACCUUGGUGAUGGAGUACGCGUGUCCACGAAUCAGGCCCUCGCGUGUCUCGGCCUCCAGCACAUGCGGAUCCGGCUCCAGAGAGCAGCCCAUCAUCGAGCCACGUUCGGCAGCCUUCAUCAUGAUGCUGAAUAGAUUUGGUGGAGCCUCCUUGAUGUCAUACCACUCGGUUACACCGCCGGUGAAGUCCUCCAUUGCCUCGCAGGUGGUGCCGCCUAUAAACAGAUAGAUUGGAUAGAAAUAAAUCCUUACAGCAGGGAGUGCUA